AUGGUGAAAGUUUAUAGUUUAACGAGUAAAAGUUCCCGUUCUGCAUAUGUUUAUUAAUCUAUAUGUCUUUAACUUAUGUUUAAUGUUAUGUUUAACAUAUGUCUAUAUGUCUUUAGUUUAUAAAAAGUUAGAUUAAUUUUUCAUACUACCUGUGUUUCAUAGAGCUGCAUUCUGCAUGGUUUUAGGUCAUCGUCUUUGUGUCGUCCUCCAAACCAGCCGGUGGCGGUAAAGCGUUUCUGAUCUCUGUCAAGCGGCUGAAUCCCAGCUGCUUACUGCAGCCAUGUGGUGGUACUUUACUGUUUAUGAACAUGACCACAGCGUUAUGGAGUUUUAAGUUUAACCCAGCUAGUCUUUUUACACGGCUUCACAUUAAACCGUAUCAGUUACGGCUGUUAAUUCUAGCAGUAGUUACGCGUACGGUAUUCGUUUAAAGAGAAAGUCAUGGCAGCACCAGCCCACGGCGAGGACAGUGAUGAUGGUAUGGAUGAAUUUAUGGAGACGUUUAAGACACGAAAAUACAAAAAUGCGUUUAAUGAAAGCAACUGGGAGGAGGAGUUUGAUAAAGUGCCAAUGUUCAUGAAGACGGCUCCAGAAGAGAUAAAUCCAGAGAAACAUCCUGAUCUUGCCUGCAUUCAGUCUAUUAUCCAUGAUGAUGAAAGGACACCUGAAGAGCAAGCCAGAAGUUUGAAGGAUGAGGGAAACGAGUACUUUAAGGAGAAGAACUAUAAGAAAGCUGUUGUGUCCUACACAGCAGGAUUGAAGAAGAACUGUGUAGACCUGGAACUCAAUGCUGUUCUAUACACCAAUCGUGCAGCUGCGCAUUUCUAUUUAGGUAACAUGCGCUCAUCUUUAAAUGAUGCCACAGCUGCAAAGAAACUAAAGCCAGACCACAUUAAAGCCAUUUUAAGAGGAGCACAGUGCUGUAUGGAGCUACGUAAUCAUACAGAAGCAUUGGAGUGGUGUGAUGAGGGUCUCAGGCUGCUCCCCACUGACAAAAAACUACUGGAGCUGAGAGCCAAAGCAGACAAGCAUAAGAGAGAAGCAGAGAGAGAUGCCAGAAAAGCACAAAUUAAAGCGAAGAAGGAAAAGAAUGAGAGGGAAGCAUUGUUAGCUGCCAUUAAGGAGCGGGGCAUUAAACUCCUAAAGCCCACGCCAUCACAACACAGGGCUUCAGAUGGUGAGGAGGAUGAUGGAGGUUCAUCUAGAGCUCUCGCUGAUCUGGAACUUGAUGGAAUCGGAUCUCAGGAGGCCACUGGAGCUCGUGUUUAUAUGGAUGAGCAGGGUCUCCUCCACUGGCCAGUGUUGUUCCUCUACCCUGAGCAUAGCCAGACUGACUUUAUAUCUGCUUUUUGUGAAAACUCCAGCUUUAUAGACCAUUUGGCAGUCAUGUUUGGUGAAGAACUGCCUCCAUGGGAUACAGAAAGAAAAUAUCGGCCACCAAAUCUGCAGCUGUUCUUUGAGGAUCAUAAAAAAGGAAACCUUUAUCAAGUUGAUCUUGAAAAGUCCCUUCUUAAUGUUCUUCAGAACCAAAGGUUCACUGUGAAGGCAGGAACCCCUAGCUUCAUCGUGUUGGUAUCAGGCUCCCCAUUUUGUAAGCAGUAUUUAUCAGGAAAAAAGGUCCAGAGACUGAAAUAAUUUUCUGUUUCAAUCCUAAAAAAGAGACACUAUAAAUUAUCCUAUCUGGAUAUUAAGGACAUUUCUGCUCUCCCCACCCCUUGAGAUUGAAUCAAAUUUCAUUUCAGAACCUCAGCAGUACAGAUUAACCAUAUCCCACCUGUUUUACAUAGGUGAUUUUUGUAAAGUUUGUAUCUCUGAAUAUGAGCUAAAAUGUAUGGUAUAGGCUUUUAAGUACCAUUAAAAAAAAAAAAACUUAAUUUAAUUUUCCCCAGCUCCAUUCUCAUCAACAUUUAAUACAUAAAACAUGACAAUUUAGACUGUUUUCAUAUAUUUCAUUAGAUGUACUCUUGGGUAAUAAAAACAUUUUUGAUAAUGUUAAAAAAUACAUUUGGCCCUAAAUGUUGGGAUCUUUAACAGUAAAACAUUAAUUGAUGCUUAACUGUUUGUUUCUGUGAUGGGGAAACACUUUACAAUGGCUCAUUUAGUGAGGUUUAGCCAUAAGAUUGUAACAGUCUAUGAUAAAG